AUGAAGAUCACCGCCGCCGUCAUUGCCGGCGCAGUCCUGGCUUCUUCUGCUCAGUCCAAGCCUACGUCGGACGAGACGUACCCGUAUACCGGCCCCGACGUCCCCGUUGGAGAUUGGGUCGACAACACCGUCAAGGGGAACGGCAAGGGAUUUCCUCGUCUGGUCGAGCCGCCUGCUGUGAAGCCUGCCAAGGAGAAUCCCAGCAACAGCGUCAAUGUCAUUUCUCUUUCCUAUGCUGGAAACGGCGUCAACAUUCAUUACCAGACUCCCUUUGGUCUCGGCGCCUCCCCUUCCGUGGCAUGGGGAACGAGUGCCGGCUCCUUGACCAACGUUGCUACUGGGUCAAGCCACUCGUAUGACCGCACUCCGCCAUGCUCUCAGCUGCCCGUCACCCAAUGCAGCCAGUUCUAUCACGACGUCCAGAUUCGCGGCCUCAAGCCCGACACAACCUACUACUACAAGAUCCCUGCUGCCAACGGCACCACUGCGUCUGAUGUUUUGAGCUUCAAGACUGCCCGCGAUGCCGGAAACAAAGGGGCCUUUACUGUCGCCGUCCUCAACGACAUGGGGUACACCAAUGCCGGCGGCACCUUCAGGGAGCUCAACAAGGCCGUCGACGAGGGAGUCGCCUUUGCCUGGCACGGCGGCGACAUCUCCUACGCAGACAACUGGUACAGCGGCAUCCUGCCCUGCGGAGGCGACUGGCCAGAGUGCUACAACGGCACCAGCAGCGAGCUCCCCGGCGGCGUUCCGCCAGAAUACGAGACUCCCCUUCCGGCGGGCGAGAUUCCCAACCAGGGCGGUCCCUGGGGCGGCGAUAUUAGCGUCAUGUACGAGUCGAAUUGGGAUCUCUGGCAGCAGUGGAUCAAUAGCAUUUCCAUCAAGGUGCCGUACAUGGUUCUGCCGGGAAACCACGAAGCUGCCUGUGCGGAAUUCGAUGGGCCGGAUCAGCCGCUGGCUGCGUAUCUGAACCAGAACAGGACCAACAGCACGUCGCCCGAGUCGAACAAGUUGACGUACUACAGCUGUCCCCCGUCACAGCGGAACUACACUGCCUAUCAGCACCGCUUCCGCAUGCCCGGCCAAGAAUCCGGGGGCGUAACCAACUUCUGGUACUCGUUCGACUACGGCUUGGCCCACUUCAUCUCCUUCAAUGGCGAGACGGACUAUCCCUACAGCCCCGAGUGGCCGUUUGCUCGAGACGUCAAGGGUGGUGAGUCCAAGCCCAAGAAGAACGAGACCUUCAUCACCGACAGCGGUCCGUUUGGCGCUGUCGACGGGAGCAUCUACACCAAGGAGUCGUACGAGCAAUACCGCUGGCUGGAGAAGGAUCUUGCCAGUGUCGACAGGAAAAAGACACCGUGGGUCAUCGCCAUGAGCCAUCGACCCAUGUACAGUUCGCAGGUGUCAGAUUACCAGAAGAACAUGCGGGAUGCGUUCGAGGGCUUGUUCUUGAAGUACGGUGUUGAUGCGUACUUGUCUGGUCACAUUCACUGGUAUGAGCGAACGUUUCCCCUCGGGAACAACGGCACCAUCGACAAGGACGCCAUUAUCAACAACAAUACGUUCCGCACCAACCCUGGCAAAUCCAUCACUCACAUCAUCAACGGCAUGGCUGGCAACAUUGAGAGUCACAUGACUCUUGAAAAGGGCCAGUCUCCGCUGAACAUUACCUGCGUGCUGGACCAGUUACAUUACGGGUUCAGCAAGCUGACCAUUCACAACGAGACGGUGCUGACGUGGUCGUUUGUCAAGGGGAGCGACGGAAGCAGCGGCGACGACUUUACUCUCAUCAAAAAGGGGUCUGGUUCUGGCAGCGGCAACUCUACCGCAGCUUCUCAGUCUGGUAUCGCUACCACGGAUAAGACGAAGGGCACAAGCACCGCUGCUGCGGGUGGCAUCACCACCGUCACCGAGGUGGUCAACUCUUAUACCACCUACUGCCCCGGCUCGACGACGCUCACGCAAGGUUCCAAGACAUAUGUUGUGUCCAAGGCGACUAUCUUGACGAUUACCGACUGUCCUUGCACUCUGACGCACACCCGGUCUCUGCCAAGCGCCCGCAUUUCAUCUGCCGCCAUCUCCGGCAACAGAACGGCUACCCCGUCUGGAUACGCCCCCAACAAGACAGAGGGCGGCUCGAGCCUUGCGCACCUCACAUCCCAAGGCCAGCAGCCUACUCCUUCAGGACCUACAUCCCGCCCAGCGGGAGCUGUAGGCACGACUGCUUCCGUGCCCGUGGCUCAGGGUGGUCGAAUUGGUGCGGAUGCUUCUCUUGUUGGAUUUGCAGCUCUUGCAGCGGCUGCUGCGGCUCUAAUGUAG